UGCUAAUCGCCCACAACACGUACACUAGCAAACGCUCACACACAAUUCCCUUGCAUCGAUCAAGUGCAGUGUUGAAGUUUCUUAUUAGUUUGUUCUUUCGCAGAGUUGCACUUUGACAUAAUUCUUGAAGGAAAUAUGUGAAGCCUGUUGAAUCAAUCCCAACAAAAUGAGACAGAUUACAAAAAGUGGAAUAAUUACUGGAAAACGAGCUUCACAAGAAGUUAUCACUUCAGGUCAAACUUCGAAUGUGGUGUUCAAAAAGCGUAGAACGAGUAUCACUCCUCUAAGCGAUGUCACUAACGAAAGUGUUCCAUCGCCUUUGAUCAAGCAUAAUGGACUCAUAAGAACAAGUGAUACACAAUAUACGUAUGUUGGAUAUUCUUGGAAUACAAGUGCCAUUCAAACCUUAAGGAUUCCUUCAACUGUGAACACUACUAACGAGUGUCAUGAUUUAAUGGAUGUAGUUGAGGAAAGUCCCUUAAGGGAAAACAGAAUUGGCAAAUUUGUUGGUAAUUGUAAUGGAGAAGUCGACGAUUCAGAUAAAGACGACGAUAAUGGAUCAAAGAGUAUUCCAAGUGGUUAUUUGGACUUUGGUGAUCCUUCCUGCUCAUGCCAAUUUUGUGGUGCUUUAUUUUGGUACAAUGAAAGAGUAGAAAGCAACUACAAAGCACAAAAUCCGACAUAUUCUGGAUGUUGCAUGCAAGGGAAGAUUAAACUUCCAUUUAUGAAAAAGCCACCACCAAUUCUUGAAAAUUUGUUUCUUGGAAAAGAUCCAAUUAGCAAGCAUUUUUUAGAACAUAUUCGGUCAUAUAAUAGCAUGUUCUCAUUUACGUCAAUGGGUGGAAAGAUUGACUCAACUCCAAACAGUGGUAAUGCACCUCCGAUUUUUAAGCUACAUGGUCAAAACUUUCAUCUAAUCGGAAGUUUAUUACCUGCUGAUUCUAAGGUGCCAAAAUUUUCACAACUAUACAUAUAUGACACCGAGAACGAAGUAACUAAUAGAAUUAAUUCUGUCAGGGAUAAAGACGAGUCUCAUAAUUUGCAUACACGAGUUGUUGAGGAUCUCAAGCAGACCCUUGAUGAAAAUAAUGUCUUGGUUAAAUCAUUUAGAAUAGCAGGCCAAAAAAUACACAAUGAGGGUUGUAAAGAUUUUAAGUUACGGCUAAUAGGAAGAAGAUCGGGAGAUCCAAGAACAUACAACCUUCCUUCAGUGUCUGAAGUUGCUGCUUUGGUUGUUGGGGAUUUUGAUUUAUCACUUGGAGAAAGAGAUAUUGUGGUGGAAACGUGUUCUGGACGGUUGCAGCGAAUCAAUGAAUUGCAUCCCUCAUAUUUGGCCCUGCAAUAUCCACUACUUUUUCCAUACGGAGAGGAUGGUUUUAGAGAAGACAUACCCUUUUCUAAUAAAAAGGGUGACCCAUCUCGAGGGAGGCAAAAAAUUAGUAUAAGGGAGUUUAUUGCAUAUCGAUUGCAUGAAAGAUUAUCCGAGUUUUCCACUUUUUUGCGUGCUAAGAGAGUUUUCCAGCAAUUUGUUGUAGAUUCAUACACUUUAAUUGAAUCAAGUCGGUUAAGAUAUGUUCGCACACAUCAAAAACAGUUGAGGUGUGAAAUGUAUAAAGGUUUGACAGAUGCUUUAUUACGUGGUGAUAUAAAUCCAGCCACACAGGGAAAGCGGUUAGUUUUGCCAUCUUCUUUCACAGGAGGAGCUAGAUAUAUGAUUCAAAACUAUCAGGAUGCAAUGGCUAUAUGCAGAUGCAUAGGUUAUCCGGAUUUGUUCAUAACUUUCACGUGUAACCCUAAAUGGCCAGAGAUUGUUAGGUUUGUUGAACAAAGAAACCUAAAGCCAGAAGAUCGGCCAGAUAUCAUUUGUAGAGUAUUUAAAAUGAAGCUUGAUGCCCUUCUCAAUGACUUUCGUUGCAAGAAAGUUUUUGGCACAGUUAAAGCAGUCAUAUACACUGUUGAGUUCCAGAAGCGUGGAUUGCCUCAUGCCCAUAUAUUACUAUUCUUGGACAAAAGCGAAAAAAUUGUAACAACAGAUCAUAUAGACUCCAUCAUAUCAGCAGAGAUUCCGUGUAAAAGAAGUGAUCCUGAGUACUACAAUGCAGUGAAAGAGUACAUGAUGCAUGGUCCGUGUGGAGAUGAUAGGAAAAACUCCCCUUGCAUGGUCGAUGGUCAUUGUUCAAAACAUUUUCCAAAAAGGUUUGUUGAUCAAACUACAGUGGAUGAUGAUGGCUAUCCAGUUUAUAGGCGAAGACAUGAUGAGAGAGUGAUACAAAAAAAUGGUGCACUUCUAGACAACCGCUAUGUUGUUCCACAUAAUAGAUAUUUGUUGCUCAAAUACGCCGCACAUAUGAACGUGGAGUGGUGUAAUCAGUCCAGGUCUAUCAAGUAUUUAUUUAAAUACGUGAAUAAGG